GCCCAUUCAUUAAACCUUAAUUUUGACUGUUAGUUUCCUCUGAAAUUUUGUUUUUAUUAUUCUUCUUCUCACAAGAUAUAUCUGGUGUGAAAUACUGAAGUUUCAGAAUUUAUUCCAAUUUUCAAGUGCUGUAGAAUAUCCAUUUCUUUGUUGACAAGAAGCAAGACCUAUUAUUCUUCUUCAUUGCUUUUUCAACUUUGAAGAAGAACCCAAUUCUUAAAUGCAUCCUUUGUCUGUCCAUCUAGAUCUCGGUAAUCAAUCAUCUUCUGUUUCAGACUUCCAUCCAAUUACAGUUCAAUCCGUCAAAAAAAAAAUGACGAAGAAUUCUGAAUAUUCUUCUGAUGAAAAUAAACCCUCUAUGUAAUCCAUGUUUUUGGUUAUUGAAUUGUUUAUUCUUAGGGAACUAAAACAAUACAAGUUUCUUCUUCUAGUCCAGAUAUAAGCUCCAGGAUAUGGGAUGCCUGGUAUCAACACCUCAGGAUACUGGUGCUGGUGGGAAUAGAAAAAGGCAAGGAAAUGUUGGGGAAGUGGCUGUUUUUGUACCUGGAUUCAGGAUACCAAAGCCCGUAGAUUUCUCUCAGUCACUUGGUGAUAGUUUGUCUAAGAGUCUUGUGGAGCGUCUUUCUGCUCUUAGAACUCGUGUAGUUGUUAUGGCUGCACAAGAAGCACCCACGGCAUCGAAAUCAAGAAAAAGAACAGCUACUCAACAUGGUGGCUCAACAGCGUCUGAUCUUCAGCAGGCUCUUGAAGAUUACUUACCAGUUUUGUUGGGAUUACUUAAAGAAGGUAGCAAUCUACAAUAUAUGGUACACUUUAUAUGGGUUAAUCAGGAGGACGAAGCGGAGGAAACAGCCUUACCAAAUGCUUGGUAUGAGGUAUUGUCAGUUUUACACUUGAUGGCCAUGCUAUCGUUAUCACAAGCAAAUAUGCUGCUCCUUCCUAAAACAGCUGCUGACGGUUAUCAGCCAAAAGUAUCAGAAGCAGAAAGCAGGCGAAUGUCCGUAGAUAUUUUUUUAAGGGCGGCAGGAUAUUUGGAUUGUGCUCUUAAGCAUGUUUUCCCCCAGCUAUCCCCAGAUCUUAGGAGAGAUCUUCCUGUAGACCUAGCAGAAGGGGCGCUCCGAUCACUUUCCUUGCAAGCAUUAGGCCAGGGUGUCGAAAUUCAGCUUGGCAUGGCAAUUGAUAGUGUUAAGGCCACACUGGCAGUGAAAAGGCGGCUUGCUUGCGAGAUGGUUAAAUACUGGCAGCAGGCUCAAGAAAAUGUUAUGCGCCUACCAUUAACAAAUGGGUGGGGUGAAAAACAUAAGCUUUUUGUCAAGUGGAAGCAUAUUGAAGCAAAGGCAGCAGCAUAUUAUUACCACGGUUUAAUCCUUGACGAGGGUAACACCGAGAAAUCUCAUGGGAUGGCUGUGGCUGCUCUUCAAGCAGCAGAAGAGUUUCUCAAAGAAAGUAAAAAGGUCUCUGACACUUUCAACAAAUCGUCUCCUAUUUCCAGGAAUCCACCUCUUUGGGGAACAAUGAAGUAUCUCUCUGAGAAAAUCCCAAAAGACACAUCAAGCAAGGUUCGGAUCAACCGGGAUCUCUACACUUCUGAAAAGAUAAUGGAGACAGCUCCAGCAUUGCCAGAUUUUGCGUUGGCAUUGAAACCAGAUGAUUAUCAGCUCCCACCGGUGGAUCCCUCAUGGAAUGAUCACGAGACGACAAAGGCUCAACCUGUUGCCAGCCAGCACACCCCUGGGAGAAUGUAAAGUUGCUUUAUGAAUGUUCACACUUAGCAUUGGGCACUAUACGAGCUCAAUGCACCACACAAGGUCCAAGUCUUUUGGUCCCCAAAAUUUUUCAUACAUCUCAACACACUUCGAUACACCUUGCCUGUAGAGGCAUCAAGUAGAACAACUUAGGUCUGAAAUUUAUGUAAGGAAUCAUGGUACCGUAGGUCAACCUUGUAAGAAAAUCACAUCGCUCUGAAGCUUUUAACCUUAUAAAAUUGAAUGAAUGGCAAUUGAAAUUUUAAGCUUUUGAAAUUGCUA